CCAUCAUCCAACACAGACCUGAAACAGAAAGACUCCACGCUUACUUGACACAUUACAGCAGUCUCUUCUGACCUUGUGGUCACCAUGAAGAUGAGCCCAUUUCUACUCCUACUCUGUGCUGAUGUCUACUGCACGGGUGUUUAUUGUCACCUCAGAGUGUUUAAUCUCAGUGAAAAGACUAAACUGUUAAUAUGGACAGAGGCACGGGACUACUGCCACCAACAUAAUUUUACAGAUCUCGCCACAGUGUACAAUCAGGAGGAAUCUGAGAUGCUGAAUAAGUUAUUACAAAUUGGGCAGGGUGCUACGAUUGGACUCUAUCGCACACAUCCCAAACUGAAGUGGAGCAAUGGAGACCCUGUUAAUGUGACUGCAUUGUUAAUGCCUGCAAUCUCAUAUACAAUUCCAAUGUGUGCUGCAACACUCAAAAUUAACCUAACAUGGGAUGACUGCACAGUGAAUAAAUACUUCAUGUGUUACAUAAAAGAUCAAAUCCAUGUAAUCAAUGAAAAACAGACAUGGGAGCAAGCUCUAAAGUACUGCAAUGACAACUACACUACACUGCUGCGUAUUGAGUCUAAGAAUGACCAGAGGGUUGUGGAGCAGAGUCUGAGGGCAGCCAAUGUCCCUGGCCCCGUGUGGAUCGGUCUGAGACAGAGCCGUCUCUUUGGGUUCUGGGUCUGGAUCAAUGGGAUACCACUAAAGAGAGAGGACUGGAGUAACUGGGAGGGAGGGAUAUGGCCUGAACUGCCCCUGUCCCACCAGUGUGGUGCCAUGGCAACAAAGGAAGGACAUUUCGAGUGGAGCGAUCAAGACUGUCAGUCUUCUCUCUACUUUAUCUGUGAAGGGUAAAGGAGAAAAUAGCUGCUUCCUUGAGUCUGCACUAUGAACUCAAAUUUAAGAUGCAUUGUUCAUUAAAGAGAAAAGCAUGUGUUGGUUUAUGUAAGACAUUACAAGUACAGUACAAUCUUGAUUUGUUUUUUAAUUAAGCAUUCAGCCAAACACAGCAUACAAUAGCUAACCCAUCUACUAUUGUAUGGAAGCAUAGUUCACUAAAUUCCAAUGUUAAUGCAAU